AGUGUUCGCUGCUGCCUUGUGUGCCAAAAAAGCCAACCGACCCGACUGGUUCAGAGCUACAAAUACGACGCCGUAUUUGAUUUCUUCCUCCGAUCGAUUUAGUCUAGGUUUGGGAAGAGCGAAAUCAGAAACACAAUCGAGUUCACAAAUUGUGGUCUCCGUCAAUCUAGGGUUUGAUUGAUCGUCUAAUCGAGAUGUAUAUGUUCUUUGAUUUUCUUAGUUUCUAGAAAUCAAUCGAACACCGGGGGCAGAGAUUUCCGGUAAUAUUUAGCCGAAGACUUGUACGGUGGAGUUUUUGGGAUAUCAGCAUCCAUGAAAUAGCUGGUGUUUUCAAGAAUGAAAGAAGAAGAGGAAGAUAGGGCUUUGUUAAGUAGUCUGGGCGUCACAUCAGCAAACCCAGAAGAGCUUGAACAUGAUAUACUAGAAGAGGCAAGAAACCAUGCUGAACAGGGCAGCCAAGUGGGAGGAACCACAGAUGAUGAACAUCUUGAGAGAAGAAAAGGCAAUGAACCAUCAUCCACAAACCAAACAGACGUCCUUAAUAAGUUAAGAGCCAUAAAUGUUGAAAUAGAUGCUGUUGCAUCUACAGUUGAAGAUGUGAAAGUUUUUUCAAGAACUGAAGAACAUGCACACAGUGGUGAUGAUGAGAAUGGAGAAAAAAGCAUCCUGCAGGCUUCAUCCAAUGAUCUAACCCUUCAGCAUGCUCUAGCAACUGAUCGAUUGGAAAGCCUGAAAAGAACAAAAGCUCAACUCGAGAAACAAAUUGGACAUUUGGGCAAUGAGGGUAUUCCUGUAGAUAAUAAACACGAAAAGCUCUUGAAAUCUCUUGUAAAGGAAGAGCCAAAUCACAAGAGAAAGAAGAAAGAAGUCCCAACAACAAAUAAGAAAUCAAAGAAGCGGCAUAAAACAGUAGCUUUCAAUGAUGAUGGUGAUUUUGAUGCGGUUUUAAACGCAGCCUCCGCAGGAUUUGUUGAAACAGAAAGGGAUGAAUUGGUCCGGAAAGGAAUCCUAACUCCAUUCCAUAACCUCAAAGGAUAUGAACGCCGUAUUGAAGAAUCAGGUCCAUCUCAUACAGUUGAAGAAGACAAUGAUCUUCCCUCCACCAGCAUAGCAAGAGCUGUUAAAUCAAUAUCAGAAGCUGCACAAUCUCGCCCUACAACAAAACUGUUAGAUCCAGAUUCCCUACCAAGACUCGAUGCACCAACACGCCCUUUUCAAAGACUUCAAACACCUUUCAAGAUUCCCCAAUCCCUGGAAAAUCAUGAAAGAAAGUCUAAAGAUUCAAAAGAUUCAAAUAGGAAAAAGAGAAGGCCUUUGCCUGGGAAGAGAUGGAGGAAGGUAGCAUCACGUGAGGAAAAUUCUCUUGAAGAAAUCGAGGAUGCAAGAGGGUCUAGUAUUGAAGAAGACAAUCAAGAAGGUGUUGAAGAUGAUGAAGGCAAUGAGGAUCCUUCUUUUGUGACACUAGAAGGUGGAUUAAAGAUUCCAGAUUCAAUCUUCAGCCAACUUUUUGACUAUCAAAAGGUGGGAGUUCAGUGGUUGUGGGAGCUUCAUUGCCAAAGAGCUGGUGGAAUCAUAGGAGAUGAAAUGGGACUUGGGAAAACCAUUCAAGUCUUGUCUUUUCUUGGAGCUUUACAUUUCAGUAACAUGUAUAAACCCAGUAUAAUCAUAUGUCCAGUUACCCUUUUGCGUCAAUGGAGGAGGGAAGCAAAGAAAUGGUAUCCAUCUUUUCAUGUGGAGAUACUACACGAUUCUGCUCGAGAUGCUCCUUAUAAAAAGAAGCAGCCCAAGUCAGAUGAAAGUGAUUAUGAAACUACAGAAAGUGAUGAAGAAGGAAAUGAAAGUUUACCUUCAAGAAACAACAACAACAACAACAAGAAGUGGGAUUCUUUGAUAAACCGUGUUUUGAGAAACGAAUCUGGUUUAUUGAUUACUACGUAUGAACAGCUUCGAAUCCUUGGGGAAAAACUGCUUGACAUUGAAUGGGGAUAUGCAGUAUUGGAUGAAGGACACAGAAUAAGAAACCCAAAUGCAGAAGUUACUCUAGUUUGCAAACAGUUGCAAACAGUUCAUCGUAUCAUAAUGACCGGAGCACCUAUCCAGAACAGAUUAAGUGAACUAUGGUCAUUGUUUGAUUUUGUAUUUCCUGGAAAGUUAGGGGUAUUACCGGUAUUUGAAGCAGAAUUUGCAGUUCCCAUUUCUGUUGGUGGAUAUGCUAAUGCAUCACCUUUGCAAGUAUCCACUGCUUACAGAUGUGCAGUUGUUCUACGUGACCUAAUAAUGCCUUAUCUGCUUCGAAGAAUGAAAGCAGAUGUAAAUGCUCAGCUUCCAACAAAAACAGAACAUGUCCUAUUUUGUAGCCUUACAGCAGAUCAAAGAUGCUUAUACAGAGCAUUUCUUGCGAGUUCAGAAGUGGAACAGAUCUUCAAUGGAGACAGAAACUCACUUUAUGGAAUCGAUGUGAUGCGUAAGAUUUGCAAUCACCCUGAUUUACUUGAACGAGAACAUGCAGCUCAGAAUCCUGAUUAUGGAAACCAAGAAAGAAGUGGGAAGAUGAAAGUUGUUGCUCAGGUUCUUAAGGUUUGGAAAGAACAAGGCCACCGUGUUCUUCUUUUUGCUCAGACUCAACAGAUGCUUGAUAUUCUUGAGAGCUUUUUGAUUGGUGAUUCCUAUACUUAUAGACGAAUGGACGGUUUAACCCCUGUGAAACAAAGGAUGACUUUAAUGGAUGAGUUUAAUAAUUCUCCCGAUAUCUUCAUCUUCAUUUUGACUACUAAAGUUGGUGGAUUGGGGACAAAUUUAACCGGUGCAAAUCGAGUCAUUAUAUUUGAUCCCGAUUGGAACCCUUCUACCGACAUGCAGGCGAGGGAGCGUGCAUGGCGUAUUGGUCAAACAAAAGAUGUAACGAUUUACAGAUUGAUAACGCGUGGAACGAUAGAAGAAAAAGUAUAUCAUCGACAAAUAUACAAACAUUUUUUAACCAACAAAAUCUUGAAAAACCCACAACAGAGAAGAUUCUUUAAAGCUCGCGACAUGAAAGAUCUCUUCACAUUGAAUGAUGAUAAAGAAAACGGAAGCACCGAAACAUCAAACCUUUUCAGUCAAUUAUCGGAAGAUGUAAACAUCGUCCACCAAAAUGAAAAUCCCGAAACACUCGCCAAAAAGAAACAAAAGGAAAAGAUUGAUGACAGCAAUGAAGGAGGGGUAGAAGAGGAAACAAAUAUUUUGCGCUCUCUCUUUGAUGCUCAAGGGAUUCAUAGUGCGGUGAACCAUGAUGUGAUAAUGAAUGCUAACAAUGAUGAGGAAAAGGUGAAACUCGAUGAACAAGCUUCACAAGUUGCACAUCGAGCAGCGGAAGCAUUACGCCAAUCGCGAAUGCUUAGGAGCCGUGAAAGCAUCGCGGUUCCAACCUGGACCGGGAAAUCAGGAACCGCGGGUGCACCCAUGGGCGGUGGUCGGAAGUUCGGGUCAAUGGUCAACUCAAAGUUGGUUGCUAAAACCAGAAUCGAACAUGGAUCUGGAUCUGGAUCAUCUAAGUUUGUUGUUGGAGCAUCUGGUGGGAAAGCGUUAUCUUCAUCUGAGUUAUUGGCUAAAAUUAGAGGGACCCAAGAGCAAGCGGUUGGUGAUGCAUUGGGUGCGGGUUCAUCGGUUAGACCGCAGAAUUUGGGUGGGGUGCAGCCGGAGGUUCUGAUUCGACAAAUUUGUAGUUUUUUGCAGCAAAGAGGUGGGACCACUGAUUCGGGUAGUAUAGUCGACCAUUUUAAAGAUAGGAUUCCCUCAAAGGAUUUGCCUGUGUUUAAGUCUCUUUUGAAGGAGAUUGCAACUUUGCAAAAAACUCCGAAUGGCUCUUCCUGGAUUUUGAAAUCUGAGUAUCAAUAGCAUUAAUCACUUUUCAAGGUA